AGCAUUGUGCGUCAUGUACCAGCGCCGGAAGUUGGUCUCGACACCUAGGCUAGCCGGGUUGUAUUUGGAAACGCGGAGUGAGAAGUUUUUCCGUGCUGUGUAGGAGCUAACAAUGGACACCCAGAAGGACGUUCAACCUCCAAAGCAGCAACCAAUGAUAUAUAUCUGUGGAGAGUGUCACACAGAAAAUGAAAUAAAAUCUAGGGAUCCAAUCAGAUGCAGAGAAUGUGGAUACAGAAUAAUGUACAAGAAAAGGACUAAAAGAUUGGUUGUUUUUGAUGCUCGAUGAAUGCUGGGAAUUCAGAGGAAUGUCUUCACUUAUAUUUGGAUUUGUUCUCUUCACAUUUCUGAUUGUUGUAUAGCUUUCGAUUUUGCUUACAGUAGUUCCCCCUUAUCUUCGGGGGAUACAUUCCAAGGCCCUCAGUGAACUCCUGAAACCUCAAAUAGUACCAAACCUUUAUACACUGUUUUUUCUAUAUAUAUAAUACCUAUGAUAAAGUAUAAUGUAUAAAUUAAGCAUAGCAAGAGAUUAAUAAUAAUGUAAUAGAACAAUGAUAACAUACUGUAAUAAAAGUUAUGUGAAUGUGGUUGGUCUCUCUUGCUUUCAAAAUAUCUUCUUGUACAGUACUCACCUAUUUUAGAAUGUGGUUGACUACAGGUAACUGAAACCACAGAAAGAGAAACUUUGGAUGAGGGGGCACUACUGUACUUAGGAAUACAACUAUAUACAUAUGAUUUUAUUUUUAAGACCAUAUUAUGUUUGGGUAUCUACUAAUAUUUUGUAUAAAGCAAUUUUUUGUUCCAUUACAUGACUUUUUGUUUUAUUGUAUAUGUAAUCUGACACACAAUAAAGGGUAAAGUUCCUUCCCCAAACCACACUUUUAAUCAAAACCUAGAAUCAUCUGCAGUCCUUCCUUGUUAAAAAUGCAGGUUUCUAGAACCCUCUGAAGUUCUGAUUAAAUAAAUUUAUUGCAAACCAC